AUGACCGCUGAGGAGAAUAAAGAAACGCAAACACACGAUGUCGAACAAAAUAAGCCUUCACCUGCCACGGAGAGUGAACAUGGCCACGAUCCGAAUGAGGUGGACUGGGAUGGGCCCGCUGAUCCUCACAAUCCACGCAAUUGGUCCGCCUGGAGACGAGGCAUGCUUGUCGGCAUAGUUACUUGCGUUGUAUUCUCGACGUCGAUAGCCUCUUCAGCGGUUGCCCCUGCAGUACCCCAGAUACUGAGGGAGUUUAACUCGAACAAUGCGGAGAUUGGGACUUUCAUUGUUACCAUUGAGCUUCUGGGUACAGGCGUAGGCCCUAUUCUCAUGGGGCCCAUGUCCGAAGUCGUUGGCCGCCGGAUCAUCUACAACUGUGCAAAUAUCGGAUUCAGUGCUUUCACAAUUGGGUGUGCAUUAACACCGUCCUUAGCUGGGCUGGUAGUAUUGCGCUUCCUUCAGGGAUGUGCUGCCUCUUGCUCUCUCAACAAUGCCGGCGGAACGAUUUCCGACCUUGUGCCAAUCCACAGAAGAGGGUUCGCUAUGUCGAUGUAUUCGGUGGGAUUUCUGCUUGGUCCAGCCGUGGGCCCUGUUGCUGGUAGCUUUUUAGCCGCUUCAAAGGGAUGGCGAUGGGUAUUCUGGUUGUUGCUUAUUGUGAACGGUACUAUGGGGGUGAUCUGCGCCCUGACAUACACAGAGACAUAUGCACCCGUCAUCCUCGAACGGAAGGUCAAGAAACUCCGCGAAAAGACUGGGAACCAGGCUUUAUACGCAAAAGGCCAACGCCAGCUACCAGUACGCACCGUUCUUAGACGAGCAAUCACUCGACCCGUCAAGAUGUUUUUAUUCUGCCCAGUUGUCACAGGCUUAGCUGUGUACAAUGCCGUCGUAUAUGGUUUCACAUAUCUUCUCUUCUCAACCUUCUCUGUUGUUUUCGAAGACCAGUAUCAUUUCGAUCAAGGAAGGCUCGGCUUAGUCUAUCUCGGUCUGGCAAUCGGCUUUUUGGUGUCGCUGAGUAUCGCCAGUGUGGUCAACGAUCGGACACACAAACGCCUAAGCAAGGAACAUGGAGCAACAAAGCCAGAAUUUCGCUUGGUGUCCUUGGUAUAUGGAGCUAUUGCAAUCCCCAUAGGCUUCUUCAUCUAUGGAUGGACAGUCCAAUACCAUGUCGAUAGUGUUGUUCCUAUCUUUGCAACGGGUAUUGUUGGGUUUGGAGUGAUGUUCACUUUUAUACCAUUCAACGUGUACAUGAUCGACGCAUACACGAAGUAUGCGGCUAGUGCCAUCGCCGCCGGCAACAUAUUACGAAGUCUUUCUGCUGCACUCUUGCCACUUGUCGGUGUGCCGUUGUAUAGUAAACUGGGGUAUGGAUGGGGGAACGCCCUCCUAGCAUUUAUCACUUUGGGACUGGGAGCGAUGUCUCUGCUUUUCCGCAGGUACGGCGAAGAGUGGAGAAGGAAGUUCUCGGUUCAGUUCGAUUGA